UGGCGAAACCCUCUUAAAUAUUGCUUAUAACUUUGCAGAAAUUUAAAAUAAUUUACCAGUCGACUUUGAUUUCGAGCAGAGCAGUUUAAUAUAAAUCGUACUUUAUCCAGGAGGUUUUUUAUAAGGUAUUAAUGAAGGUAUUGGCGAGUUUGAAGCAUUGGUGUGAGAGAUGUGACGUCACAAUGAUAACAAACCAGUGACUGACCAUGGAUGACAUCAUAGCAGAAUCACCCUGCAUCCAGCACAGUGAAGGUCAGGCUUGGGGUCACGCUUGGGAUCUAUGAAUUACCCAGCUAUUCACUGGCUCUAGAAAAUUUCUUGCUAAAUUUAGGACCAUGAUUGGAAGAUGGAUCCAUAGAAUUCCAUAUUGGUGGCGCAGACACCUGCUUUGGAUCUUACAAGCUCUCGAUUCUUUCCUUUAUAAUAGUAUCGGGCGACUUCAUAAAUUCUUUAAGAUGAUAGCUUGUAUGACUUAUGAAGGGGCACUGAGUGAACCAGAAGACUUUCCUAAGUCAGAAGAGCCAGUAUGGAUACUGGGAAAAAAAUAUUCAACUCAAACAGAACUAGAACCACUUCGGAAUGAUGUACAGUCCAGGAUAUGGCUCACGUAUCGAAGAAAUUUUGCUCAGAUUAGUGAUACCACUUUCACGUCUGACAGAGGUUGGGGUUGUAUGUUACGCUGUGGACAGAUGGUGUUAGCUGAAGCUCUCCUCCGAAGACACUUGGGUAGAGACUGGAUUUGGACUCCUGCUGAAUCCAGUGACACAUACCUAAGGAUUAUGAGUAUGUUUGAAGAUCAUAAGUGUGCCACCUUUUCACUUCACAUCAUAUCACAACUUGGAGUGGACGAGGGCAAACCAAUAGGAGAGUGGUAUGGCCCAAAUACAGUAGCUCAGGUUAUGAGGAAGUUGACACCAUUUGAUGAGUGGAACAACUUUAGUGUGAAUGUUGCUAUGGAUAAUGUAGUCAUUAUGGAUGAAAUUAGAUGUAGUUGUCAAAUUGAAGGAGAACGGAUAUGGCGGCCACUACUACUAUUUAUUCCUCUACGCUUAGGACUGUCUGAAAUGAAUCCUAUCUAUUUCUCAGGCCUUAAGAAUUGUUUCAAGAUGCCACAAUCCUUGGGACUCAUAGGUGGGAAGCCUAACCAUGCAUCAUAUUUUAUUGGUUUUAUGGGUAAGUUAUUAAUUAUCAGGGGUACUUCAAUUUAUUUUUAGGUAUUUGUCAACAGU